AUGAAAUUACCAUCAACGGCAAAUCAAUCUCCCUCUUCACCUUCAUUGAUUCCACCACCAACCACGUCUUCCCAAUCAGCUAAACCCCCGGUGAACGAUAUCUCCCCCACGAAUCCAUCACCAAUUUCUCCACCGCCUUCCUCGUAUUUCCCAUUACACAUAACAGCCUUGGAACCCACAUCACAGCCUUCUACUAAAUCUCCGCCUACCCAGUUUUCACAACAACCUGGUUCAGCAUCAACAAGUCCCCCACCUCCCCCGUCCCCACCUUCUCUUCCACUUUCAUUUUCUCCCCCACCAGCACCACCUCCCCCACCCAAACCUGUUGCUCCGCCCGUACCCCCACCUCCCCCAGCGGCACCUUUAGCUCCUCCCCCACCA